GAAAAAGUGCUAAACCCAAAGCCAUCCUAAAAAACGAUGACAUAGCGGUAUCUUUCACCCAAUCUAAAACUCUGUGCUUCACGAUAGCGUCUAGAUCAAAAUUACGGUAACAGUCGACUGAUCGUUCUUUUUUGUAUGACUACAGUACGCCUACGACUAGAGAACAAGCAAAUAACCAUUAAAAAAAUGUCCAUCACCUCGCACGUUCCUCCCUCUCGUACAACCAGCGCGACAGCAUUGGAGCAACAGAGGAUGAUCACCUUCCUCGAAAAUCAUGGCGUAGUCUUUUCGGAACUGCUACAGGAUGUGCUUGCGAAGAAGCCAGAGAAUCCUUCAUUGUUCAUACUGCAGCGGCUCUGCGAAGAAGCGACGCAAGAUGAAUUAGACAGAGCUGGACUGGCUCUGCUGCAUAGGAAAACGGCGAGCAAUCAGCUGUGCGCGCGAGCAUUGUUGGCGGAUAUAUUGAGUUUAUGGAUGAUGAAUGUGAGUAAUCACGAGUUUACCGUAUUAUGCUACAACUUUUUCUACGCAUGAAAAAAAAAUGGAAAAUUAUCUAUUGCUGAAGGUCAUAAAUUUUGAAUUCUUCAUUAUCGGACAUCGGCAAGCGCAGAACGGAAAGCGCACCCCGACCCGAGCAAGAAGACGUCGAAGAAGAGCUUGCAGCGUCGAGAGAAGAUGGAGAACAUGAUGAAAUUCAAGAGGACUAUGAUAUCGAAGAUGGAGACGAAAUAGAAGAUGGCCAGUUUUGAGUUUUAGGUUUGCAUGAAGAUGUGCUUGUGCUAAAAAGAAUUGCGGACGAAAUGGAUAAAAGUGAAGAGGUACUAAGUAGCUAGUAGCUAGUACAAGAACAGUUGAUCUUAUUAAUUUAUAUUUUUUUGCUUUGUGGUUGUGCUGGAAUGCUGCAACUGCAUCUAACUCUAAUGAAACUACUGACUCCGACACCCGUUGUCGACAGCUGGAUUAGUAUUUUUUCUGGCAUCUCCUGGAUCUGGACAGGACCUGGAAAAAAGGGUGUUUUCGUGCUCCGCCACGGAAACUGGUGGACGCCAUUGAUUUUGAUAGGAUAUGCAUCGUGGGUUUUCUGCAAAAGGAGUUUCCAAUGCAAACC